GUUUUUAAAGUAAUGCAAAAUAUUUUGACAUACCCACCUCAGCUCCAAGGAGCUGCUCCUUAUGUACUGAUAUCUCCGGUUAUUGGUGCUGGCUCUGAGCCAAUGCUGAUGCCAGCAUAUCCAGCUGGAGGAGUAGGGCCUGUAGCAUUUCUCACAAACCCCUUCGUAGCAUGGACAGAUGGAGAGCAACAGCAGCAACCUUCCCAGUGCCAAGAAGGUGAUAAAGUUAAAACUUCAAGAACUUAUCCAUAUGUGCAAGAGAUCCAUGAAGGAGCUGGAUUGUAUCCUGGAUAUUAUAAAGAAUAUGAAACAUCACAGCAGGAUUGUAGAAAAUGUUAUAAAGAACUUCCUACACUCAAUCAAGUCUCAGAAGAACUCGUAAACUUAUAUGGCCACCAAAGUUCGCCCAUUUUGUCCAAGAAUUUAUAUCCAGAACAAAAUUUCAACAGUGAAUUAGUUUGAAGAAGUUCAGAAAAAUCAGAUCUCAACCAAUCAACGACUAGCAUGGAUAGCCCUAAGCCAAGACUUUGUUCAAAAAGCUUGAUGGAAAGGGGUAACAAGCCCAUAAGGCCACUUGACUCUUACUGCUUUUGCUAUAAUUUUUCUAAAAAGCUGCACAUUCCUAAUCAAAACUCUGACCAAAAGGCCAUUCUGGUUGAGAGGAAAGAACCCUCAUCAGACUCUGUCAGACAUAGAAGAAGAGCAGAGACGAACUUUCUUGAAGAGCUUGAGCAAUACCAAGGAAGCUUCCUGAGGCUCACUUCCUCAAUCCAGGAUGGAAUGAACUCGCCAGCUUUCAGAUGCAACAUUAAUGGCUGCAAUAAGGGCUUCCAUAGAGCCCAGAAUAUCGUCAUGCAUCUGAGAGUUCACUUUGGAAUUAAAUAACUUCUCUUGUGAUUUUUGAGCAAAGAAAUUUAUCCAAAAGGGGAACAGAGAUAAGCACAUGAAGCUUCAUCUCACUCCCAAUAUUGAAGAACGCAGAGUUAUCAAGUGCCAGUGGUGAGACGUCAUGUUCACCGAGAAACAUAAUCUUCAGAUGCAUUUGAAGCAAGUGCAUAAUUGUGACAAAGCCUAAAACCCAAAACUAAUAGAGCCUAAAGAGUUUAUCAUCAACCAUAUUUGCUGGUU